CCUAAGGAAAACAUGCCCUGGAUUCAUUGAAAAAAGAAAAAGAAAAUAAUUGCACAAGAAGUAUCAAUCCUAAAUCGUAAUUACCAGAAUGGAUCGCUGGAAACGAACGGCUAAACCCUAACGACCUUACCGCCCACUUUCUCUUCCUUCGCCGGUGUUGGUAUCGCUUUCGUCGCCGGUCAAAUUGCUCCGGCCUCUCUGAUUCUCUUUAGGCCUCUCGCUAAUCACAUACUGUCGGCUUGUACAAAGAGAAAAUGGCUUCGAGGCCGGAGCUUCAAGCUCCACCAGAGGUUUUCUACAAUGAUGAUGAAGCUCGCAAGUACACCUCUUCUUCUCGUAUCAUCGAAAUUCAGGCACAAUUGUCAGAAAGAGCUCUGGAAUUGCUGGCUCUGCCGAACGAUGGAGUGCCCAAGUUACUUCUUGAUAUCGGUAAUGUUGUGCCUAACUUUUGUGUUUUUUAAAUUUGGUUUCAGAGUCACAUGCUCACUUUGAUGGGAAAUGGAAAUGAAGUCUGGACUUUAUGUGAAUUGGAGAUCUUCCAAGCUGGACUGAUGUAUUUUUUCAGUUGUAUAGCAUCUCUUUAGGUCAAUUAUACGUUAUUGCUGGCAUGUGGUCUCGAGUGCUCAUCGUGAGAGCUGAUGUGGUCUGCACCAUCUUAAUUUUUAUACUAUGUUUGUGUUUGAGAGUUUCAGUCAUUCAGUGUCAGUGUGUGUGCUUUUUUGCUAGUAAAAUUACAGUCUGCUUUCGCAUGCAUCCAAGUGAAGAGUGCUUUAUUUUUAAAGAUGCUGGAAACUAUGCCUAAUUUGGAACUAGGGCUUCAAUCGUCAUGAGUAAAAUUAUUGUUUAGAAGGCCUUGAACAGCCUACUAUUGAAUCGGAUGUUGGUUUUGCAGGAUAUUUUACCAAUAUAUAGUUAAAUCAGUCCAUGUAAAAUCGAUGGGUCGGAAAUAUAAAGGAGUAUAAACAUUCAGUCUGGACUUUUAGCUGUUAACAUAGGCAGGUUGCCUCAUGCUUUUAUAUGUUUGAUGAGAAGAAGAGACUUGUUUUACUUAUUGUUGAACUGGCACGUUGCGGCAAUGGCUAGAAAUGAAUAGUCUGUUCAGUGGAUCAUAUGUGACAUUAGAAUUUACAUGGCCUAAAUUUUCUUCAUUCAGACAAUAGAUAUGAAUUUUCCUUGUCUUUCUUACUUUUGAUGUGCUCUUACUUUUGAUUUUAUAGUACUAAUUUUCCCAUAUUUUGUAGGCUGCGGCUCUGGGUUGAGUGGUGAAACAUUGACAGAAAAUGGACACCAGUGGAUUGGUUUGGACAUAUCACCAUCAAUGCUCGAUGUUGCUUUGGAGCGUGACAGUGAGGGUGAUCUUAUACUUGGUGAUAUGGGACAGGGCUUAGGUAUUCGACCUGGUGUUAUUGAUGGAGCUAUAAGUAUCUCAGCUGUCCAGUGGUUAUGCAAUGCUGACAAGUCCUGUCACGAGCCUCGGAAAAGAUUGAAGGCUUUCUUUGACUCAUUAUAUAGAUCUCUGGCGAGGGGUGCUAGAGCUGUAUUUCAAGUAUAUCCUGAAAAUCUUGCUCAGCGUGAGUUGAUUCUAGGUUAUGCUAUGCGUGCUGGUUUUGCUGGUGGUGUGGUUGUUGACUUUCCGCACAGUACCAAGAGAAGGAAAGAAUACCUUGUGCUCACUUGUGGCCCACCAUCCUUGAGCAGUGCCACCCCAAAGGCAAAAGGUGAAGACGAAGAGAGUUGCUCUGAUGACGAAAGCAGUGAUGAUGAAGGAAAUCAAACAGUAUCAAUCUCAGAUAGACACAGACCCAGAAAGAAGCAAAAGUUGAACAAGAAAGUGAAGGGGAGAGAAUGGGUGUUGAAAAAGAAAGAGCAAAUGCGGCGGAAAGGAAAUGUCGUUCCUCAAGAUACAAAAUACACUGCUCGUAAAAGGAAAGCCCGCUUUUGAUCAGUUCCAACUUCUGCGGAAAUGAGUUAUUCUUCUCACCAGAGCACAGAAAUCAACCAUGGCUCUUUUAUUGAGACGAUCAGAGGAAGAGUUUGUUCUGUCACUGAGUUUUGCCGCAUUUUUUUUCAGUGUGGAGCUGAUGUACCUGUUCCAAUGUAACUGUAGAUUGAUCUUCUCUUCUCUUCAUUCUGUAUUUCUACAAUUAAAUUGCGAAAAACACAAAGGUGUUGUUUUUAGUUUCUUAUUCAAUGAUUUUUUACAUUUGAUUGAUAUUUAAGUGUCAUAGUAAAGGUUGAAAAAAAUAUAGUAAAUAAAAGGUGUUUUAUAUGUA